AUGCAAAUGCAAUAUAUGCCAGGUUCAUUUUUAGCAGAUCAAUUUUUAUCUGCAGCUACAGCUUAUGGUCCUGGUAUAAAUAUAUUUACUCCAUGGACAUAUGUUGAUUUGGCUUAUGAUAAUAUACCAUUUGUAGGUAAAUUUCCUACACUAGGAAAAGAUGGUACAAGUUCUUAUGCAAUAAUGUCACCUCAACAAUUAAAAGAUGGAAAUCCAAUACCACCAAUAUAUUUAGCAAAACCUUUACCACCUCAUGUACCUGAACCUGUUGAAGUUGUUGCUGUUCCAUUAGAUGAGGAAGCAUUACAUGGUGAACCUUUAUUCCCAAAAGAAUUACCUUUACCAUGGGCAAAAACAAAAGAAACAAAUAAAGAGAGAGAUGAAAAAACAGGUGAAAAAUUAAAAAAUCCAUUUUCAAGUAAUGAAAUAGAUUUAAGUGAAGAAGAAAAAGAAUCAAAUAUAAAAGAAAUUAAACCUUUUAAAGGUAAAAAAUUACUUUUACGUGAAUGGCUUCUCCAUCAUAAUAAAUAA